AUGGAGAGGACCAAGAAACCAUGCCUUGGCGUCACCCUGCUUCUCUUCUUGCUCCUGGUGUCUGCUGCCCAUGGAGCUCAGCUUGCAGAUGCCAAGGACGUAGCAGCUGCAGCAGGUGACGGCGAGAGGGUCACGGUAAGGACAGGGCAUGGGCACGGCUACAGCAGCCACAGCGGCGGGCACCCGAACGGCGGCACGCCGGAACAGGGUGGCACGGGGAUUGUCGAUCCCCGCAACAACAAUGCUAGGAGCCACCACCGCAAUGGCGCGGCGAGAUGGGCUCUUGGCUACUCUCCUUGGCUCAUCUGCACACUCGUUGGAGGAGUUGUUGUGAUGCUUCUUGUAUGA